GAGAGAGAGACAGAGACAGAGAUAGAGAGAGAGAGAGAGAAGGAAAAGGAGAGAGACAGAGACAGAGAGAGAGGGGGAGAGAGAGAGAGAGAAGGAAAAGGAGAGAGAGAGAGAGAGAGAAGGAGGGGAGAGACAGAGAGAGACAGAGACAGAGACAGAGAGAGAGAGGGGGAGAAGGAGAGAGAGAGAUAGACAGAGAAAGACAGAGAGAGAGAGACAGAGAGAGAGAAGGAGGAGGAGAAGGAGAGAGAGAGAGAAGGAGCAGGAGAGAGAGAGAGGGGGGAUCGCGGAUGGAUCCCCGGCCACUCAGCCCGGAAUACCUGCGGCUCAGGAGGGAUCCGCAUCGGAGACUUCGGUUGGAGGAAUUGCCCCCAGGUUCGCCCCCCUCCCCAGGAUACGUCCGGGUGGUCUGUAUCUCGGACACCCACCUGAGAACCAAACAACGGAGCCUCCCUCAGGGCGACAUUCUGAUUCACGCGGGAGACUUCACCCAGACUGGGCAUCGCUCCGAGAUCCUGGCAUUUAGGAACUG